CGAAAAUUAAGGACCAGUCAAAUUAGUAGUUGUAGAAAGCUGUCAUCCUAUAACAGAAAUGUUCCUUCUUUUAUUUGGUUUGAUUCUUCAGAAUUCCAAUAACCCAAAGGGACCAAACAAUUUCCAUGAAACGAUUCGCUAGUUUCUGUUUCUUUUCUUGCAAUAUAGUGUCAUUGCUCUUCAUAUUUUCCACUGCAUUAGACACGAUAUCUAAGGAUAGCCCCAUCAAAGAUGGCCAUACCAUAGUUUCAGCUGGUGGCAACUUUGAGCUUGGAUUUUUCAGCCCUGGAAAUUCCAAGAAUCGGUAUAUCGGUAUAUGGUACAAGAAUCUACCUAAGGGCAAAGAAGUAGUGUGGGUUGCCAAUAGAGUCAGCCCACUGAAUGACACUUCUGGCAUAUUAACGAUCAGUAGCAAAGGGAUUGCACUACUCAAUAGCACCCGAGACGUGAUUUGGUCGUCGAAUUCAUCAACCCAUUUGAGGAAUCCGGUGGCUCAGCUUUUGGACAGUGGAAAUCUUGUCUUAAAAGAUGGCAGUGGUGUAAACUUAAAAGACUAUGCUUGGCAGAGUUUUGAUUAUCCAGGCAAUACUUUAUUACCGGGCAUGAAAAUAGGCCGAAAUUUAGCCACUGGCCUUUAUUGGACUCUUUCAUCCUGGAAGAGCAGCGAUGAUCCUUCUCCUGGAAGAUAUGUGGAUCGCCUCGACACUAGUGGUUAUCCACAAAUCUUCUUGUGGGAAGGUCCGGUAAUAAAGUAUAGCUCGGGAAUAUGGAAUGGACGUUUUUUUGCUGGCGGACCAAAUUUGAAACCAAAUCCUUAUUAUACAUUUGAGUUUGUGAAUAAUAACAAGGAGAUUUACUAUAAAUAUGACCUUAUUACUUCUCUUCCCACCAGGGUGGUCUUAAAUCCGGCAGGCCUAAUUCAACGAUUCUUAUGGAUCGGACGGAACCAGAACUGGUUCCUUUACUCUACUGGGCAGAUGGAUAAUUGCGACCGUUAUGCCUUGUGUGGUCAAUUUGCGCGGUGCGACAUUAACGACUCCCCUUCAUGCGAUUGUUUGAGAGGAUUUCAGCCUAAAUAUCAACAAGAAUGGGAUGCAGCAGAUUGGUCUAGUGGGUGCGUGCGAAGAACUCCAUUGGAAUGUGGGACAAGUGACAGGUUUAUGAAAUACUCGAGUGUGAAAUUGCCAGAUACACGUCAUUCUUGGUUCGAUAAGAGCAUUGGCCUUGAGGAAUGCCAAAUGUUGUGUCUGAAAAACUGUUCGUGUACAGCAUAUUCCAAUCUUGAUGUAAGAGAUGGCGGGAGUGGAUGCUUACUGUGGUUUAACGAACUCGUUGAUAUCAGGGAAUAUGCUGAACUUAUGCAAGAUCUCUAUGUAAGGAUGGCUGCAUCAGAAGUAGGUUCAGGACAAAUGGGAAAGACAAGAAAAGCAAUCAUUGCGAUUGUAUCAACAAUUUCGGCAACCGUCCUUCUUGGUUUUCUAUCUUGGUCCGCUAUGCGGAGAAAGAAAAGGGAAAGAGGAGAACGGGAAGGAAAGGACGAUAUGGAAUUUCCUUUGUUUGAUUUGAUGACUAUUUCUGCUGCAACAAAUAAUUUCUCAUCUUAUAAUAUCAUUGGAAUGGGUGGUUUUGGAACUGUUUACAGGGUAACUAGAAUCAUUUUCUGUCUGUAUCAAACUGACCAUUCGGCAAAUGAGAGCAGGAAGGGACAACUUAUGUGGGAAGAUCGCUUUCAUAUUGCUAAGGGAAUAUCAAGGGGGCUUCUUUAUCUUCACCAGGACUCCAGAUUAAGGAUCAUACAUAGAGAUCUAAAGACUAGCAACAUUUUACUGGACAACAAAUUGAAUCCCAAAAUUUCAGACUUUGGACUGGCUAGGAUUAUUGGUGAGGAUCAAAAUGAAGCAAGAACAAAGCGAGUAAUAGGGACAUAUGGCUAUAUGUCUCCAGAAUACGCAGUUGAUGGGAAAUUUUCAGUGAAAUCAGAUGUCUUCAGUCUUGGUGUUCUUCUACUAGAAAUAGUAAGCGGAAGAAAGAACAGAACAUUUCGUCAUCCAGAUCACCAUCAUAAUCUUAUUGGACAUGCUUGGUUAUUAUGGAAUGGAGGGAAGGCUAUGGAACUAAUCGAUGAAUGUUUGAAUGAAUCGUUUGUGGAAUCCCAAGUUUUAAGAUGCGUUCAUGUGGCGCUAUUAUGUGUUCAAAAAAUACCGGUAGACAGACCACCAGUGGCAUCCGUGGUUUUCAUGUUGAGCCAUGAAGAAGUGGCAUUACCUCAACCAAAGGAGCCCGGUUUCUUCAUAGAGAGGAGUACAGCUGAAACCGAUGAUUCAAAUGAGAAAAGAUGCGUCAGUUACAAUGAUUUGACAUUAACAAUUCUUGAACCAAGAUAGAAUUGGCGGAACCAGCAAUUCUAGAAUCUUCUAUUGUCUAAAGGGGGUUGAACAGCUUAUAUACAAUACAUAUAUUCAAUUCGCUGUACAGUAUAAUAUUUUGAAGUAGGGGUUU